GGGUAGAGAGUCUCUGCUGUGUUCUCUCUCCCACGCAAUUUCUUGGUCGCUUCCUCUCUCUCACUCGCUCACACUCGCCUUUUUAUCUCUCUCUCUCUCUCCUCGUCUUCAAUCUCAAUUUCUAGGGUUUCAAUUUGACCUAAAUUGAAUUCGAAGGGAUACCUGAAUUUUCUGUAAUUUCAUCGCAAUGGACUCUGAUUCCUGGAGCAACCUGUUCUCGUCUUCGAACGCGAGGAGGUACCAGUCCCGAUCCGAUCUGUUCGGGCACGAGGAGAUAGAAGGAGACGAUGAGAUAAAGGCUGAGUUUUUGUGCCCUUUUUGCGCGGAGGACUUCGAUGUCGUUGGGCUUUGUUGUCACAUCGAUGAGGAGCAUCCCGUCGAGGCUAAGAAUGGGGUCUGUCCAGUUUGUACUAAGAGGGUUGGAUCAAAUCUUGUCACACAUAUUACCACGCAACAUGGGAGUCUAUUAAAGGUUCAGCGCAAAAGGAAAUUGCGCAGGGGAACUAAUUCGACAUUUUCAAUAUUAAGGAAAGAGCUGCGAGAAGGAAGUCUACAAGCCCUCCUGGGAGGGUCUUCAUUCCCAUUUUCCUCAAACACCGAACCUGAUCCUUUGUUGUCUUCUUUUAUAUACAAUGCACCUGAUGAACAUGUGAGCGAACAACCCCUUCCUUUAGUUGAAGCACCAUUCAUGAAGGAAAGCACAAAAGAAGAGUCCUCCGAAAGAAUUGCUCAACAACCACCUCUAUCAACUAAAGACCAAGAGGAGAAGGCUCGGAAGUGUGAGUUUGUCCAAGGAUUGCUGAUGUCCACCAUUCUUGAUGACUUAUGAAUCAAAAGCGUCUAGCAGAAACGGCCAAUCCUUAAUUAGGACCCAGAGCCCUAGUGUCAGACGGAAAAAAGAUGGUGGUUCUAUUUAUGUAACAACUGGUAAUAGUUAGAAAAGAACAACUAUGUAUUUGUAUUGUACUUAGUUUAUGUGGAUAAUGAAAAUAACAACUUAUCACCUCGAUGUUUCCUUCU